AUGUUUGGGUGGGUGGGUUGGGGCGGGGGGGGGGAGCUUAAUAAAUUUCCUCCUGGGAUUGGAAAUUAAAAAUUAAGGAGGAUCACGUAUCUAAUUACGUAUGCUCAAUCCGUUCUCUUCAGGCUUGAUGAAAAUAAAUUACAUCAAUAUUCAUUUUCUUCAUAGCAUAUAUCUUGUCACUUGUGUGUCUUUAAGUUCUUUUUGUUUUUUUCUUCAUUCAUACAGGAGUCUACGUUCUCAGAGACCUCAAAGCUCUGAUAUUAAGGUGAGAACAAAAUUUAAUGUACCAUUUUCGAUUUUCGUUUUACUAUAUUGAAUGACUAUGCUUUAACAAACAAAAGUUAAAAUGGACAGAGAGAGAUAUUAAUAUGAAAUUGUUUUGUUUCCUUACAGAAUGGACAUGUGUAUUGGUCAGCAGAUGAUGAGCUUGGGAUAUCGUCGAGGUUAGAGUUUUAUCCGGCAUUUGUAUGUAAAAAAGUUGAGGUGUUUAGGUUGAACAUAAUGUCAUGGUUGUCGUGAAUGUGUGUAUGUUAAAUAAAAUGUAGAUUGUUACUCGUUUGCAAGAUGGAAUAAAAAAUGCUUUGCAUUAGCCGAAUGUGAUGCUUUGUUGGCACCAUGUUUGUAUUUAAUAUAUGUUAUGUAAUUCUUUGUAGUAACGGCAGUGUCCGUUAUCCGUUUCAAUGUCAAGUUACAUAUCAAGCUUCUGACAAUUUUGAGGUGAGAAAUAAGAUUUAAUAUUUUUGUAUAAAUAACGGAGUUAGAAAAAUGCCAAAGAUGAAAUGUCAAAAAACUGCAUAAUUAAAUGUAAUUUACUUUCAUUUACAGUCUCUACACUCCUUUAAAACGGGCUCUUGUGGAGAAUGGUAAGAAUUCAUACUUUUAAUUUUUGCCCGACAAUUUUUCAGCCGGAGCGUUUUCACAUAUGAAAUUAUUGAACAGUUUUUUGAGAAACCAAAUAACCUAUCCUGGAUUCCAGAGCCUUCGACAGUAAAUAACAAAUUGAAACGUCGCGAAGGCUCUGGUUGAACGGGAAGAUUCUUUGAUUAAACCGCGCCACUGAUCACAAAACAGAAUUAGUAGUUUUAGUACAGAUUCUGUACUAAAAAAUAAUUGUUUUGUGAUUGGCGCGGUUUAAUCAAAGAAUCUUCCCGUUGAACCAGAGCCUUCGCGACGUUUCUUAAUUUAUUAUUUAUACUGUCGAAGGCUCUGGAAUCCAGGGUACAAAUAACCAUAUUCCAUCACAAUUAUCGCAAUCAUUGAGUUUUGAAUUUAGGUCGGACACUGUGAUAGUGCAAGAUAUUCAAAGAAUCCUUCUUUGAACAAAUGAACUUUCUUAAUGUCAAUAAGUUUUUGUCGAACAUACACAUGGUUAGGGGCAAAUCAAAUGUAGUAAAGUCUUUGAACUGACGCAGCGGAUCGUCCUGCAUUUGUAUCUGACAAUGUCGGCCUUUAUCAGACAUCAAGAGAUUUAUAAAAAAAGGAUUUCUUUAUCUUGCACCAUCAAAUAAUGAAAAGAAUUCGUUUCCUUUGUUUCAACCUUAAUAAACACAUAAACUCGUUGUACUCAUAAGCUAUAAAUGUAUGAAAUUCGGUCUAAAGAUCGGAGUAAAAUAUUUCAAAUAUUUUGUAUUACAAAGUUUUUUUCUUUUAAUUAGUUCAUCAUUUGUAAAUGUAUUAAAUUAAACAACUAUUCGUACCUGCCAUCUUGAAUUUUCCUUGUUCCGCGGAAUAUACGUAGCUGUUUUUUGAUUGGUUAUAAAUAUCCACAUGCACAUGCACUAACACAGUUACUCGUAUCGUAGCAGUUAUACUCUGGCAUUCUGCUGACGCCAUCAAUGGCUGACGCAGAUACAAAAUCCUUCUUUAAAUUAAUUUUUUAAUGCACGAGCUUUCAUUGAACAUCUCAAACUCAUUAAUAAUUCAUGAGCAAAUUAGCGAAUGAACUCACCCUAAUUCGUCACAUGAUUGAGGUUGGAUACCGCAGGAAACACGCUAAAAAUCAUAUACCAUCACUGUUGUUAGAUGAAAAACGGUUUUCAUCUAAUAACUGAGAUCCUAAUUACAAAUUCAAGUCAAAAACACAACAAUAUACUAUAAUAAUAUAUAUAAGCCAAUGAAAUGUUUUCGUUUGAGAUGUUGUGUAAACAACUCGUUUCUCGUGUUUCAUCAGGGGACCAAACACUCGAAAACAAUAAAACACUCGCGCUUCGCGCUCGUGUUUCAUACAGUUUUCUCGUGUUUGGAUCCCCUGAUGAAACACUCAAACUCGUUGUUUACAUAUAACAUCAACAAUGAUCGUCAGUGUACUAGCUAUUGUUGUGUCGUAUUGUUCUUUGAAUUUAUUCAUUUGUCUCCAAUAAUGUCAGUCCGUAUAAGGCCUGUUUAAUACGUCGAAUUUUGGUUGCGUCGAAUGCAAUUAGGACAGUAGAUAAUGAGAUAUAAACCUCGUUAAGCUUCAUUAUCUGUUGUUUCAAUUGCAUUCGACGCGACCGAAAUUCGACGUAUAAAACAGGCCUAACUUGGAUGAAAGCUCGGACAAUAAAAGAUUUUGAAAACAAAUUUCUUAAUUUCUUUUCAUGUCUUAUGCCAUCACGCAGUGAGCCUCAUUCUAAGAUCAAGCAUUAUGUUGGAUUAAAACGCCAUUAUAAAUAUGCUUCUUCACUUACACCUCUUUACACUUACACCUCUUAUUAAUGCAGGGCCUAUUAUAAUUUAACACCAUUUUACACAAUUCUUCUCUAUAUGACAAAGAAAUUCGUUGUGUUUUGUAUAGUAGUCUCAGAUCUUUGAAAUCUGAUUAUGUUCCUUCUCAAGAAACCAAGCAGACGUCCAGAAAUCAGGUGGGCCUUUAGCUCCAUACGUACGUACAUUGGUGAACACAGUCAUAUUACAGUAAACUAUAUAUUGCUUUUUGUUUCCUUUAACGCAUAAAAAUUAUCCUUAUAGAUAGAAUCUUUUGUCUCCAUCGGGUUUGAGCCUUUGGACGAGAGGUGAGAAAUACUACUUUACAAUGGAAUUUUAAGAGACAUGUGGAGUCGUGUAUAUGCUCAAUGUUUAGAACUGGUUAGUCACCCAAUAGUGAACGGUUUUGGUGAAUUGCCCGAUAAUUGACUAGGAAAUACAUUUUCCAUCACAUUUCAGAAGUCGUCAGUCUUCUUCUGGUGGGCCACGUCAAACAUGUGAGACGUCUGAACACAAGGUAAGACGUGAUAUGCACAGUAGCUGGAAGACUAUUUUCAAUAUGAGCAGAUUUUAUUGCAGUAUGAAAAAGCAAGAGUUGAAACCGAAUGGGACAAAGGCCAUAACACCUAGCUUAACAAUAGUGCCAUCCAGGGAUCGGAAUGUUCCAUUGUCUUCUGAUAGUUCUGGAAAUCCCACUGUUCUCAUUCUCCAUGUUAUCCUGUCGUUAUGCAAAGAGCUGUCAGUGCAACCUGUAUCCAGGGUCUUUUGAGGCGCCAGAGAGACAAUGUACCCAAACACAUUUCUCAGGUCACGACCUGAACUAAUUCCAAAUUAAAAUAAACAUCUUUAUGUUCCCAUAUUUUCUAUGUUCUACACACCAGUCAUUGAGCAAUUCACAAACAAUUGAUGAUGAAAUAUUGUUUUUGCGUUUCCAGCUCCAGUCUGUUACCGACACAAUUCCAAAUGAUACUCAGGAGAGGUGAGAUUUUUGGAGCUAUAGCCCCCCCCCCCCCUGUUCCACCGCCAUUGCUCCCGUACGUAAACCGUAAAUGAACACCAUGAUUUGGUCCCAAGGGUGUCCACUUACGGGAGGUUCGACUGUAGUUCACACGGGAACUCGUACGGUUAUAGCUGUACUCGAUCAAAUUCGUCCGCUUUUAUGCAUCCCGUGUAAACGCAAGGCGAAAUCGUUCUAAUUUGAGUACGAUUUCGAGUUUGCCAAAUCCCUUUGAAACGGUUACAGUGAAGUGAAAAAUUGGCUUCAUUGACAUUGUCCACUUUUACAUAUUUAGAUUUAGGAAAACUGUUAUUAUAAAUGCCAGAAUCUUCUUUCUUAUUCUGUUUCAAUUCCGACUUUGUAUUUUCUAUAAAGCAUCCAUGAUGUGAAAGUCAAGAGACGUAAUAUUUUUCGAAAACAGUUACUGAAAUGGAAUAUAAUCAAAGAUAACCAAGUGGGACAAUCACCUGAGUAUGCGCAGACUUCUGGAACUAAAGUGAUUGAUGGAGAAACUCUUGUUCAAGUUGGCAGAUCAAAAGGCAAGAUACACUAAAUUAUGAUGCAUUGUUGCUCGUAUUACUGGUGACUUUUUGGAGAUAAGGGGGGGGGGGAGGGAGGGUGGUAACACAGAGAAUAAGGAUUAAAGAACACAGUAAAAUGGCGUGAAUUUUCAGCCGAAUUGGUAAAUCUAAUCAGCACGCAUGAUUUUGGUUUCCGGAAAGGGAAGAUUUUCUACGAAAACGGAUUAGUGUGGACGUAUAGCCUAACGUUUCUACAAUAACAAACUUGAUUAUCAAACAAAUUCAGUAGAAUAGCAAUUAUUGUUUUUAACUUUCAGACCUAAUCUACUAUUAUGUUGAAAAUGGCGUAAUUGGUAAUGGUGGUUAUGGUUCCGUGUAUAAAGGUUAUGCUAUAAAAGGAACUGAGAAAACACCGGUAAGCUCCUAUGUACGACCUAGUACGUCACAUAUCAUAUACAGAAAGAAGUAUAGAUAUCGUUGUUACGCAAUUACCUGGCAUCAUUCCUGCAUGAUGAUUACUAAAACAUAGUCGAAAGCCAGAACCUGCAGGGGCGUAGGAAGCUCCUAAAAGUUGGGGGGGGGGGGCAGGCUGUGAGGGGCACUUUUCGAAUCAAAAAGGGCAUCUAAAAAUUUUUACCGGAAAUGUUGGCGACGGCGGGGGGGGUGUCGCCUCAAAAAAAUUUUCCGGACAUACUAAAAAAAUUUUCCGGAUAUAUCACAUUUUUUCCUAAAUAUGAAAAAAUUUUCCGGACAUACCAAAAAAAUUUCCGAAUAUAUGAUAAUUUUCCUACCCUGCGAGCAGAGCCUUAUUUUCGUUUCUUCGGCGAGGGGGAAAGAAGAAAAUAAGGCUCUGCAGUAUUCGUGUUUUGCUUCCAUUGCGCAUGCUCUGUCGGUUGCCCAGUUACAGCUAUAUGAAAUGUUAGACCUGUCUUCGCAGACGUCCGCCUUUAUUACUAGCGAAUCAAAAUUCACCAUCGUUUGAUCCGCUUAUCCGUUCAAGACUUCAAGCUCGCGCGAAAUUGUAGAAUGAUAUUAAACGUAAGGUAUUUUGAAGAUGUUAUCAAAUUUCAAACAAAACUCUCUUUAGUUUUCGUGUGUAAAUGCAAAAACUUGAUUCAUUUGCAACAAACUCGUAUAAGUAUAGUUCGAUUUCCGCCGUUUUGUUUGCUAUGUCGCUGGCUCGCAUUUAGUCAUCGGUUCACCGUCAAACUGUAGCCGCGCGCAUUAAAUACCGGAUAAACUGGUUAAACAGGUCUGCUUCGUCCAGAAUCUUGGACGAAGCAAAACACGAAUACUGCAGAGCCUUAUUUUCUCCUUUCCCCCUCGCCGAAGAAACGAAAAUAAGGCUCUGCUCGCAGGGUAUAAUUUUCCGGAAAUAACAUAAAUUCCAGUUUUCAAAAGUUUCACGAAAGAAAAGGGCACUUUGCUCCCGGAAAAAGGGCACUUGGCAAAAUUGCCCCCUCCCUGGCCCCCCGGUUCCUACGCCCCUGGCCAGAACUAAAUUAAAAUGUUCCUUUUCGGAGUUACCGUUGUUUUGUAUUUUGUAUAAAUACUACAGUGAGUAAUUUGAAUUCAUAUGCUGAAACGUGUGUUUAAACUAAUUCGACUAGAUUUAGAAUCACUAUUCAAUCACUAUUUGUGGAACACCACGUAAACUUAUUAUUUGCAGAGCUUUCGAUCCGUAAGCCCGGAUCUUCAUUGUAGUACUUAUGUUUGUAACUAUUGUAACAUUGCGAGGACUGUUAUGGUUAAUACGUUUCCCACGUGAAAUAAAGUUUACCUACUUACUUCAUUUCAGGUUGCUGUCAAAUUUGUAAAAUAUACCUCAGUUGAAGAGUAUUACAAGGUACUGUAAAUAAUAGGUCCAUCGACCUCUAAAACAAUUACCAAUACGUAUAGAACAAUGGUGAUUACAUUUGAACACAAUGCCAAUGGGAAAAGUCGGAAAUUACUAUAGUUGGUUUACAAUAUUUUAUUCAGUGGCGAACCAUAGGUGCAUGAGAGCGACCUUCUUAUAAUAUUUUCUUCUCAGGAUAAAGACCUAGGUCGAGUACCUAGCGAAGUCUACUUUCUCAAAAAAAUGAAAGAACAUCCGAAUGUCAUCAAAUUUUUGCAUUACCAACGGAUUUCUCCGGAUGUCUUUGUAAUUAUCAGCGAAAGGCCAAUUCACUGCAAAGACCUUUACGACAUUCGAAGUGACAGAGGAGGAUACUUUACUGAGAACGAGAUAAAAAAAUACGCGAAGACAUUGGUUGAUGUCGUUCUUGCAAUGGAGAGAAAGAAUAUUGUUCAUCGUGAUCUAAAGUUAGAGAAUAUUCUCUAUGACUUCGAGAAAGAUGACAUCAAAUUAAUUGAUUUUGGACUCGCAACUAAACAUGAAUCUGGAAAACUAUUUGACCAAUUUGCUGGUGAGUAACCACCAUGUAGUUUAAGCUGACAAAUGUUGUAUUGACAGGGAGGUAAAUCCUGAUAGCCGGCGGUAUGGACUAAAAUAACAUGCUGCAGGUUGAUAUCAUUCGCGAAGGCUUUUGUCUCGCGCAAUAGGAAAAUUGAAUUGCGGAGGGGAGACGGUUGAUGUGGUGAAUCCAAUGAAAGAAAAUAUAUUUUCGUCCGCAGAGCAGGCUACAGUCAUGAAUGAAGAGGGCGUGUCCAGCUAUAUCCCUCUUUAAUGCCCGAGAAGCUUGUUUGAUUAUACAACUACUUGUUAAAGACUUAAAUUAAAGUGCCCAUCAAAUAAUAAUCAUUGCAACAACUGAAAAUAGGUAGUAAAAGAGAUCCCAACAGAGCUGCAGGGCUAAGAAAAUUAAUUUGUUCAGUUAAAAUUCCUCUUCUUUUUCAUGCUAACUGUAUUCCAUAAAUUUGUACAAACCAUUUAUUGUACUUUUUGUCUUAUUUUCCCAUCCAGGCACUGCAAUGAAUGUGCCUCCAGAAUACGUCAGACAUGGACUAUAUGAUCCAUCAAAAGAGGCAGUGCGAUCUAUUGGUGUUGUAAUAUAUCAGAUGUUGUAUGGUCGAGCGCCUUAUACGAAUUAUAUAACGUUUUUAGAUGUCAUAUCCGGUUUACCACAGUUUGAUAACGUAUCUGACGGUAAGUGUAUUUCUUACCCUAUAGACUAUUCAGCAUAAUUCUCUUGUGUCGUUGUCGUCUUCAAGAGCCUACUAGCCACCUAUGAGGUAUUAACUGGCAGAGGUGAUCCUGAAGUGGCCGCCUAGAAGUCAGCAUCGGUUGUCGAAUGCCCACCUAUGGCAUGGAUCUCAUGAUUGAACUAUGGAAUGAAUUUCAAGAUUUAAUCAAUCAUUUGCGCGGUGGUACAAAGUUGCCUCUCCUUCCCACGAGUCUGUAUGUGCUUCGAUCUCCAAAGCAAACCUCGUAAAGAAUGUACCAUACAUUUCUAUUUGCAGAACUGAAAAACCUCCUCACCAAUUUGUACGCUAUGGAUCCAAAGAAUCGACCGAGUAUUAAACAAGUUGCAAACCAUUCUUGGUAAGUUUAAGCAAUGCCAAUGAUUAGUAUAAUUACAUAAAUUAUUUCAAUAUAUACCCACUUCGGAUACUAAGGCUUUUCAAAUGGACGCCCAGACACUGUUCCUAAUUAAAACUCAACAAAAUCAACACAUAAUUUAUUUUCAUGUUUAAGGUUGCGGGUAACACGUUCAUUCACUAAACGACUGUCAUCCUUUGUCCAUCGUAUCUUUCGUAAACGUCGUGGUUCGUACGUCGUAAAUCGUCCAAAGACAGCAAAAAAUUCUGCAACCCAUUUAGCAAGUCGGUCUCCUCGAAAUCAGCAGCCAGCUAGUCAGCGAGCCAAUCACGGCCAGUCUGUCAGCCAGUUAUCUAACCAUAGACCGACAACCAUCCAUGCCCAGCUAGAUAACUAUAGUCAGCAUAGUUACAAUGAACGGGCAAUCGACGUUGGAGAUUUAAUAGACCAUAAUCAUCCUGUAACCAAUAGUUACCAUGCGGCAGCCAGCCAAAACCACCUGGCUUAUAACCCGUUGGCAGACGAUUAUAAGCUAGCCAGCUAUAGCCAGCAAAGUUACAGUGAACGGGCAAUCGACGUUGGAAAUUUAGCCGACCAUUAUAUCACCGACCUGUAA